AUGAGCAAGAUCACCGCCGUUCUGUGCUAUGCACUUCUCUUGACUUCAGUGGCUGCGGACCAUGUAGUAUCACGAAGAGAUGACAUCAGUGAUAUCAGACGAAGAGAAAUUAUUGAUUUCGACCGUCGUUCAGUUGUGGAUCAACCCAUCUUCGAGCGGAGUUUUCUUCAUAAACGUGAGCCAAUUUUCGGCGCAAUCGCAAAAAUCGCAGUAAAGGGAGCAGCAAAGGGAGCAGCAAAAUCAGCGCCCAAGGCGGCAGCAAAGGCAGCGCCCAAGGCGGCAGCGAAGGCGGCGCCCAAAGCAGCAGCGAAGGCGGCGCCCAAAGCAGCAGCAAAGAAGACCCCGCCCGCUGCAAAGAAGACCCCGCCAAAGACCCUGCCGAAGACUAAUGCCGCAAAGAAAACUCCGCCAAAGACUAACGUGGCAAAGAAGACCGCACCAAAGAACAACGCUGCGAAGAAAACCCCGGCGAAGAAGACCCCGCCAAAGAAUAACGCUGCGAAGAAAACCCCGGCGAAGAAGACCCCACCAAAGAAUAACGCUGCGAAGAAAACCCCGGCAAAGAAGACCGCACCAAAGAACAAUGCUGCGAAGAAAACCCCGGCGAAGAAGACCCCACCAAAGAAUAACGCUGCGAAGAAAACCCCGGCAAAGAAGACCGCACCAAAGAACAACGCUGCGAAGAAAACCCCGGCAAAGAAGACCCCACCAAAGAAUAACGCUGCGAAGAAAACCCCGGCAAAGAAGACCGCACCAAAGAAUAACGCUGCGAAGAAAACCCCGGCGAAGAAGACCCCACCAAAGAACAACGCUGCGAAGAAAACCCCGGCAAAGAAGACCGCACCAAAGAACAACGCUGCGAAGAAAACCCCGGCAAAGAAGACCGCACCAAAGACUAACGCUACGAAGAAAACUCAGCCAAAGAACAACGCAGUGAAGAAGACCCCGGCGAAGAAUAACACACCGAGGAAAACCCCGUCAAAGAAUAACGCACCGAGGAAAACACCAGCGAAGAACACUCCAAAGAAUACCGGAAAUAGAGGGAAUAAGCAGAAUACUGGAAACAGAAACAACAAGCAGAAUACUGGAAACAGAAACAACAGGCAGAAUACUGGAAUCAGGAAUAAUAAGCAGAAUACCGGAAACAGAAAUAACAACAAUCGAAACAAUCAGCAAAACAACCGAAAUAAUAGGAACAAUCAGCAAAACAAUCAGCAGAACAAUCAGCAGAACCAACCCAGCCAAUGGAAUAACCCCGACACUGUAUUCCAAGGCAUUGACGCACUCACAAAUGUCGUCGGCACUGGUGUUAGUCUUAACCAGCAGGCCCAGGCCCAGGCCCAGCAGGCCCAGCAAGCACCGCCUACUGUGGACCCUGCUGCUGCGGCCCCUGCUGCUGACCCUGCUGCCGAAGCCGCCGCUGAACCUGCCGCGGACCCUGCUGCUGUAGAGGACCCUAACGCACAGCCGGUCUAA